GGCUGGAGGCACGGAGACUGAACCGCUCCCUCCCCCUCCUAACAAUAAGAAAGAUAACGGCAUUUGCACUGCGUGUGUUAUUUUGUUUAAUGCUCGUUUUCCCAUUUACAUUUCUGUAUCUUUCGAGAAAUAAAUACAUCCCCACCCCCCUAUCCCCUGCUGUCUUCUGUUGGGCUGGGAUGUAAGCAGUGUGUCACAACAGUGAGAAAGAGAGACAGAGAAGGAGAGAAUCAUUGAAUCACAGUGCAUUAGCCCUGCAGACUCCAGUCUCGCCACACUUCCUGGGCCCUGUCUCCCUAGUUGCUGGGGGCAACGGCUAAUAGACAGACAGGAUUUAUCUGUAGAGGCUCAGCUGGCCCCGCCCCCUUUGCUCCCUGAGACUGGGGCACAGAGUAGAACGCUCAGCACAGGCUGCAGAGCCAACAAUGGGACUGUUCCUGUGCAGCAACGCAGAAUUGAAAUCCUCACAUCAGCACUGAUCCUGCACCCUGCACCGUACCGCAGCGAGGUGGGAAGCUUGAUUGGGAUGCCUCUCAGGAGGAGCACAUGAUCUGAACGAUAAGAAAAGGAUGAUGCAGCAAUAAAGGAAUCUGAACGAAUCUGGAGCAAAAGGCCCUUUUAAAAAACGCUCAGUGUUCAUGGAGUAGAAUAUGGCAGAGGCAGCAGAACAUUGGGAAGACCCAACUGAGGAGGAAAAUCCAGAACCGGCGACUCAAGAUAAGACGACAGAUAAACCGUCCGAGUGCCGAGCAGAAGCUGAGGUUCCCAGCUCUGCAGGAGAGUCUCCGCACAAGGCAGAGGAAAGACGCAAACCAUCAGCGACUGCCACAGAGAGGAUUUGGGGACAAUUCUGGAAAGGCAGCGGGUUCGGCAAAGCAAACGCGAAAAAGAAGCGCGAGGGCUCGGAACCUAACAGGAGCAGCCCGGAAUUCGACGACGGCGAGAGUCCGACCGCAUCGACUGAAAAGCGGGUGGAACCUGGACAAGGCACGCCGCCCGAAUCAACGACAAUGGAACUGGGAUCCCCAAGGAGCCAGCUUUCCUCGGAGGUAGAAGCAGGCUCUGGGGUACAGCCGAUGGAGAAGCGCGCUGGGACAGAAGAGGUGGAGAAGGAUGAGGAUGAUUCGAAAGACACCAGGCCGCGUCACAUUGAGAAAUCGAGCAGCGUCAGGGAUUUCAUCAGGAGGCCCAUUUCUAAGAUCUUCUCGUAUAAAACCACGGAGAAGAAAAUAGUGGACAGGCAAGCCAAUGUGGGCAAGGGUCUCUCCACGUCCCUCGAUCGGCUGUCGGAGAAGGGAACCAGCACUACGAUCGAAGCCUGUGAGCUGGAAAACGACCCAGGGCGGCGACACAAAGGUCCUGGGAUCGCGCACACGAGACGCUGGCACUCCUUUAAGAAGAUUGUGACCCCGAAGACCCAGAAGAAAAGCCUCCUGGAGCCGAGAGAGGACGAAGGAGUUGGUGAUCGCAACAAAACACCCAAGUUUAAAGAUUCAGCUUCGGGGAGCGUCCCUGAGAAGAAGGCAAAGAAAAGGAGCAUUAAGAGGUCUUGGACGUUCCAAGUCAUCCGGAAAGAUCACUCAUUCACGGCCAGUAGUCAAGCCCCCAGCUUGUCUGAAGACCCCAUGACGGCCAAGCACGACUGGAUGGAACAGGUAGAAAACCAAACAGAUCAAGAUAAUCAACUGGCUGCUGGUGAUGAUGAAGAAGGAGGAGAUGGGAUGCACCGAGACACAGAAAGGAAGGCAUCGCCAUCCAACGGGAAUACGAAGUCAAGGGACCAGCAAGCCAGUGAGGCAUGGAAAUCUUUUAAGAAGCUGGUGACUCCGAAGCCAAAGAAGGCCACAGCGGCUACAGAGACUGAGGAAAGUCACGUAAUUGAAGGGCAGGUCAGUCCGGAUAAAUCAAGCAGGCUGCCGACCGUUCCUAAAAAGGCGCGCUACUCCAGGGCCGCGUCUCUGAAAAAUAUAAUCCUUCGCAAGAGCAAGAGUAGAAGCAUCGAUAUAGAGGAAGCAGCAACCAGUACAGCGCCUAUCAGCAACCUUCCUGGAGCCGAACCUGAGCGAGAAGAAACCCAAUCUUGCAGGGAGGAAAUGGCCACUAAUAGUUGUGGGGAAACUGAAAUCGAUAGCAGUGGCAAUUUUGGGUAUUCAUCCGAACCAACAGAAGGUCUCAAUGAUAUUCAGAAACAUUCAAUGAGAGAGCAGGUGAGGGAUGCCGGUAAAGAACAGAAGCAAACUGCAACUGUACAAUCUGACGUUGCCGAAAAGGUGCAGGACACUACGGAAGGCAAUGGGGAUCUUAGUGGGAAACCGGAAUCUGAUAAGCUUUUGAGAUGCAAUCUGCCGAACUCUGGCACAAGCCAUGAAACAAACAAGGAAAUCAAAGCCAAUUUUAACAGGGGCAUAAUAAUAGAAAUGCCCCUUCCAGAAUUGAAAGAGACAGCAGAGACAGAACCGGUUGAAAAUAUUAAAGAAGGAACAUUGGAUCCAUCACCAGGAAAGAAGUCGUUAGAUCUGAAGGAUAACAGGAAUGAAACUGCUGGUAUUGCUGACAGUGGUAAUAAAAACUGUGCUCCUUCUAUAGCUUUGGUUGAACUCUCAGGAUGUCCCGUUAAGGAUACAGGAAAAGAACUAUCACCACGUGAAAGAACUGAAGUUCUUCAUGCAGGACAUCGAUCUGGAGAAUCAACGCAAGAUGAACCGAGUUCUCAUCAACAGCCAGCCUUGAAGCACUCAGCUGAAACAGAGCAGGCCAAGGAAAGUCUACCUCCAGGGCUCAUCGUGGAGAAGCAGAGCCCAGACUCCUCUCGCUCAGUUCCUGAGAUCAGAGUCAGCGCUCCCACUGACCCUCUGGAAGCUGGUUCAAGCGAUGAGAUGACCUCGAACUUGGAGGGUGAGGGAAGAUCAUCUACUGCCCAAACUGACUCAGUAGGUGCUCCAGCCGAAACCAACCCAGGGGAGAUUCUGAGGACAGAGGUGGCGAGAGCCGAGGGCACCGGGAGUUCCACUGAUAUCUUCCAUAAAGUCUGCUCUUCUGAGGCUACCGCGGAAACGAAAGCCGAAAAGACUUUGGACAAAUAUACGUCCCAUGAUACUAAUCAAGACAGUCCACCACCUGCCAUUGAGAAUCUCCGCAAGGCCGCGUCUUCGGAAACAGAAACGACAUCCGCAGACGGCCUGGGGUUCAACAACACCGAGGGUGGCCCUAAUAUCGAGAACUCAGCUCACAUCAACCCAGAGGAAGAGAAGCUGUUUUACGAGGCGGCAGCUGCCAUCGUGAGGGCGGUGGUGAGAGCAGCCGCUGAACAGAUCGCGAAGGAGCAAGAGGCGCUGGACAAAGACUUCAAGGGAUCCUAUUCCAACGACAACGACAAAUCUUCGGGUUACUCAGGCACGGAUCUGUCCUACUGCCGUUAG